UGUUAUGUGUAAAUGUUGAAGCGGUUUGUCCGGCGGGAAAGGCAGGACAGGCUUGCGACAAAUAUAAUUAUGCUUACAACAAACCAGCCAAUCAGAAGGAAGAUUGGAUGUCACACUCCGCCCACUUUGCCGUAGACAACAAUGGAACGUCAUGUACGGUGAUGAAUCCGCCAGUCGAGAACCCGUGGUGGUCUGUAGAUUUGAGAAAAGACAUGUUCAUUGAUGGAAUUGAUCUCUUUAUUGGGCAGGAAACGCUUAAUGAAUUGAUAACGUAUGCCAUUGAAGUACAGAAAGAUGGAGAAACAACAUGGAGCAUGUGUCACGCUGAUAGUAAGACCGGAAGUAAUAGCUUCAGUAGCCCCCUCAGAGUUCGGUGUAACUCCCGGAUGAAGGGUAGAACAGUUAGAUUCACGGCAUAUCAUCAAAGCAUCAAUUUGGUGUUCUGUGAUGUGGGAAUUUAUGGGGCAUGUGUUGAUGGUUCAUAUGGCAACUAUUGCGAACAUGAUUGCGGACAUUGUAAACUGAACAGCCCUGUCUGUGACAAAACUACCGGACGGUGCCCGACAGGGUGUGAUACCGGCUGGUACGGGCCGACUUGUGACAAAGUUUGUCCACACGGUAAAUAUGGUGACCAGUGCGCCAGUAACUGUGGUCAUUGUAAAUACAACGCUACUUGUUUCCGGUUUAAUGGAGAGUGUCCGAAUAAUGGAGCUUGCGAGGACGGGUACCAAAGUCCAUUUUGCCAACAAUUGUGCGUUGAUGGCACGUGGGGCGCCGGAUGUAAGAAGUGUGGUCAUUGUAGGUAUAAUCAACCGUGCAACAAGUUCAAUGGCACGUGCACGAACGGUUGUGCUACAGGAUACGACACUGCCUUAUGUGAUAAAGAGUGUAGUUUCGGUUUAUACGGAGACGAGUGCUUGUUGGAGUGUGGUAAUUGCUACAACGUUACUGAACCUGUGUCGUGUAACAUAGCAACCGGCAAAUGUGAUGUAUCCUGUGCCCCGGGUUAUAUAGAAGACUCAAAAUCACGUGACAGCCGAACCCAGUGCAGGACAGAAUGCGAGUUAUACAAAUGGGGAUUUAAUUGUGAAAAUGACUGCGGUAAUUGCGCAAGGCAGAAUGGGUCCGUUACUGAAAAAGUGCCAUGUUUAAGAUCAGACGGAAGUUGUUUGACUGGAUGCAUGCCCGGCUGGCAGGGACUAUUUUGUGAAGAUCCAUGUAGCAGUGGUACGUAUGGCGUAAGCUGUGAAAAUAAAUGUGGAAAGUGUAAAAAUGGUGCUAGUUGUAACACCAUCACGGCAGAGUGUCCUGGUGAAUGUGAAGAUGGUUACCUUGGUAAAACGUGCCAAGAAAAAUGUCAGAUAGGGAAGUACGGUUACAAAUGUCAAAAUAGUUGCCCUGUAAACUGUGAGACAGAUUGUUCACAUACAGACGGUUCGUGCAUCUGCAAAAAUGGCUGGACCGGAAACAUGUGCAUGGAAGUGUGUCCAGCUAAUCAUUAUGGUAAAAAUUGUGCAUCAGUUUGUGGAAACUGUAAGUCUGGGACAACGUGUCACCAAGGAGACGGGCGUUGCCAUGAAGGAUGUGCCCCGGAAUGGACCGGGCUAAUAUGUGAUGAAAAGAAAAUAAUCGAAAAAUAUGAAAGAUCUUAUGGUGAUGUCAUAGGGGGCGCUAUAGGUGGCGCUAUAGCCCUUGGGCUUAUCAUAGCGCUUGUGGUUUGGAUUGUUUGGCGAUAUAAACAAGAUAAAUCCAUUCAUAUCCGAGAGUUGGCGUCCUCAUUGCGCCGGAUGUCGAUCCGAGGUAGCAAAUCACUGAGACGCUCGAUACAGCGUCUGUCAAUGAGAGGACGAAGAAAUGAUCAACAACGGCUCGGGAAAGGGGCGGAGGCUCCUGCGAAGUCAAACGGUACACGAGCAGGUAAACCCCACCACGCUGCUCGCCGCAUGUACGAUUGUGUGAAAGUCCAGUCCAAUAUGAUACAUUUUGACGAUUUUUCAAGAAUAUACCUUCAACUACAAGAAGCCACCCCGGACGGUCGGACACUUCUUUAUGAUUCAUUUCAGUCUUUCCUAGAGCAAAGACCACUUGACCAUUCAACAAACGCUAACGGGCAUUCUAAUAGUUCAUAUUACAAUGCAGCAGUUGAGCCGGAUGAUAUCCAAAUUAACAUUGGUUCAAAUACAACAAACAGAAUUCCCGAAUUUUUACCACUGGGUUCGAAUCUCAGUGGGUUCCUGUUAGUCAAUGCCCCAGCAGCCUCAGAGGUUCUGUGGAAUCAUUUACAACAAAGACAAAUAGAAACCAUUAUAACUAUCGGAAAGGGAGCAUCGUUUUCGUGGCGUCCAGGCGAGAGGAUAACUGUUGGACAUGACGUCAUUGAGUGUAUUGACGUCCAGUUGCAUGGUUCACAUAAAGAAACUAAACUAACAGUUCAAAGAGUUGGGACAAGAGGAAGACGCGGUGUCAGGCAUUUAGAGUGUUUCUUCUGGAACAAAAAUGAAAAGUUUCCAUUAAUACCAACUUUGUUAAUGUUCAUGGAACGUUUCCAGCUCAUUCAGAGAGAAAGGGAAAGAAUCAUCCUUGUUAAUUAUAUGGAGCUUCAUGACCAGGCAGUAUUGUUUACACUAGUGGCUUCCUCUCUAGAAAUUCUUAAUGAAUCCAAGCGUACAGACGUCCUCAGAACUGUUGCCAUUGGAGGAAAUGCCACAGCAAAAUCCAUCAGAACAUUUGAGGAAUUCAAGUAUCUUCAUGACGUCAUUUUUCAAUACAUAAGAAUGAUGGAUAACCGCACAGGUUCUACUGCUAUCUGAUGGGAAAGACAUUGUGUUUAUAAUUAGGUCAGCUAAAUGAGGUUCUUUUUAAAAGCAUUAGCGCAUUAUUUACUGUAUAUUCAACUUACAUAGAACCUCUGUAAACUUGCCAGUUUUACAUGUUUCUACACGAUGUAUUGAUGUGAAAUGAAUUGUUUUGUAUUAUAAAAUACAAGCAAUUAGGUAAGAAUAUAUAAAAGAAUACUAAGUAUUCAAAAACAAUUAUAAUGUUGUACGUAGUGUUAAAACUAAAGGUUAAGCAAAGGAAAACUAGUAUCUAAGUAGUCAGUACACGUGUACAGUUGUCAUGGCGACAUUCAGUUUAUGGAAU